UAUACCAGCUCCCAGCCCUUGGCAUAGCCGGCGCUAGGGACCAAUGUGACAGUCCUCCCCAGGGCUGGGGUUUGGAGGCCUGUUCGGGCCCCCUGGUGAUGGCGAACGGGGAGCUGGACGAGGAGAGCCUGCAGGACCUGUACAGCUGGGUGGACGCCAUCCCUCUGUCCCGGCCCAAGAAGAACAUCACCCGGGACUUCAGUGAUGGAGUUCUGGCAGCGGAAGUGGUGAAAUUUUACUUUCCCAAAAUGGUGGAAAUGCACAACUACGUCCCGGCCAACUCGACCCAGCAGAAGCUGUCCAACUGGGCCCACCUCAACAGGAAGGUGCUGGCCAGGCUGAACUUCAGCAUCCCCGAGGACGUGGUGCGGAAGGUGGUGCAGUGCGUGCCUGGAGCCGUGGAGCUGGUGCUGGUUCCCCUGCGGCAGCGCAUCGAGGAGAAGCAGAGGAAAAGCAAGGACCUGGCCUGGCGCUCAGCCCUGGAUGAGAACUCCUCCCCGGAGACAGAUCCUGGUGACCAGCCUUCAGCAGCAGCUAGGGAUUCAGCUUUAGUUAAGCAAGAAGGGGAGGGGUAUUUAUCCAAGCCAAAGGCCAAUGCAGCAGGGAUCUACCAGGAGUCCUCGAAAGCGGAGAGGACAGCCAAGGCCCAGCCAGGCUAUGCUCAGGCCUUGCAAGGGGACCCCAGAGCUCACCUCCAGCUGGCAGAGAGGGAGCAAGCCCUGCUGGUGGCCCGGGAAACGGUCCAGAUCCUGCAGAUGAAGGUGCGGCGGCUGGAGCAGCUGGUUCACUUGAAGGACAUUCGCAUCGACGACCUCACGCGGCGGCUGCAGCAGAAGGAGCAGAAGUGAGGGGCCCCGUGGCCUUCCCGUCCCCUCUCGGCCACAGACCGGGCCUCUGGGACCCCUCUUGCAUGUGUGCGUGUGUGUGUGUGUAUCUGAGCAAGCACCCCCCGCCUCAGGACACCUCCUCUCUCUCAGCUUUACCUAUCUGUGCAAUGGGCGCAGUGACUGCCUCACGGGGCGGGUGAGACUGGCCCAGCUCGGUGGGGGUGGGAGGGGGUUGGAAUUUGAAUCCUUACCCAGGGCUCCCGGCUGCUUACCAUGCAAUCUGCAAGGCUGAGCGGGGGAAACUGAGGCCCAAAAUGCAGCUGGGGAGGCAGGCCCAGGCGCUCUCCUGCAGUUUGUGCGUGCAAAGGCCUUGAUCAUGCCAACGCUCCUGUGAUUGCAACGAUGGACACACAUCUACAACCAGUCACCUUGGCAUUUACUAUGCAGGGGAGCCACGGGACACAGGCCUUUCUCUGUCGCUGCCCGUUCUUUCAGAGAGACUGCAGGCGGCAUCACCCCUGGACCUGGUGCUACGUUUCCGGCAGGCAAACCUCACCCAUUUGGCAGCUUGUAAACUAACUCAUUCCUCCAGCAAUAAAAUAUCUGGGAGGCAGCAUA